AGUCAAUAUUGCCGCGAGGCUGCAUCAGUAGUAGUGGAGAAAUCGUAAAUGGAGGGUAACAAUUUUCAGCGUAUUUCUCAUCAGCAAUCAGAACCUGCUCGCCGGGGUCUUCUUAAAUCAGAUUUGGCUGCAAAGGGGGAGGUGAAGGAUGGGGAGGGAGAGGCAGUAGUGAUAGGUGGUAUGGUGUUGGACAUAAAUGCCACCCCUUCUGUACCUGCCAAACCCAGGACUACUACCCCCGGAAAGGUCCUUUAUGCAUUAGGUGGUGUAGCAAGGAAUGUUGCUGAGUGCAUGUCCAAGCUUGGAACAAAGCCCUAUAUGAUAAGUGCUGUUGGACUUGACAUGGCAGGAAAUUUGCUGUUGGAACAAUGGAAAUCAGCUGAAUUAUCCACAGAAGGCAUCCAAAGGCAUCAAGAUAUUGAGACAGCUGUUGUGUGCAACAUCUUUGAUGGUAAAGGAGAGUUGGCUGCUGCUGUUGCUAGUGUGGAUGCAAUUGAGAAAUUUCUCACUCCUGAAUGGGUUUGGAAGUUCAGUUGGAAAAUACGUUCUUCUCCAGUAUUGAUGGUUGAUGCAAACUUAAGUUCUCCAACUUUGGAAGCAGCUUGUCAAUUGGCAGCAGAAUCCAAAACUCCAGUGUGGUUUGAGCCUGUAUCGGUUGCAAAAUCCAAACGAAUUGCUUCAGUUGCCAAGUAUGUGAGUUUUGCUUCACCUAAUGAAGAUGAGCUAAUAGCCAUGGCAAAUGCUCUGUCUUCAGCUGAUGUAUUUUCCCCAAUCAAGAGGGAGGAUAUCCAUAUCAAGCUUUCAGUGAGAUCAUUGUUUCAAAUGCUUAGGCCUGCAAUUCAGGUUUUGCUAGAGAAAGGUAUUAAAGUCAUAGUUGUAACUCUUGGAUCAGAUGGGGUAUUCUUGUGCUCUAGUGAAAAGCAUGAAUUUGACAGUCUCAACUUUAGGGAUGUAAAAUCUCAUUCUUUCAGCAGACAAUUGUAUGAAAUUGUAAAUUCAAGUUGCCACCGCAAUGGGAUUCUGAAUGUUACAAGGUCCAAAGGAAGCUUCUAUGCCUUACAUUUUCCAGCACUUUCUGCAUCUGUGGUGAGGCUUACUGGUGCUGGAGACUGUUUGGUUGGUGGAACAAUAGCGUCAUUAUGUGCUGGUUUAGAUGUCAUGCAAAGUGUGGCUGUUGGUAUUGCGUCUGCAAAAGCUGCUGUUGAGGCAGAUAGCAAUGUACCUGCAAAGCAUUGUUUGACCAAUAUUGCAGAUGAUGCGAGAUUGGCGUAUUUUGGUGCCAGACCUGUGUUCUGCCCAUCAACGUUGUGAGUUACAUCAUAAUCCAGUUGUGGUGUAAAUAGCUGCAGGUGCAGAAUUUAUUCUCUGUCACUGAUUAAACAGAAAAUGAACUCAAGCGGGUCGAAGGAUAUGCAGUUCAGAAGGGAGCGAGUUAUUUACCCCAAUAUUAUAAACACUGUAAAACUCAAGAAUGGGUACAUUUUCCUCUUCUCGUGUUCUCAGUGUAUUUAUACACUCAUUGAGCAAUUGUAUCCCAUUUGUAUUUAUUACCAAAUUCAUAAAUUUCUCCUGAUUAACAGGAUGUAUCCCAUCCGUAAACUUCUGAUUGCAUGUGAUGCAUCUCAUCGGUCCUCAGUUGAAAUGUUCAAUGCUGGGGUUAUUUAUUCAGAAA